GCGGGCAGAUGACGCGCAGGCGGAGCCGCUACUUCCUGGAUCCGCCGGCCGGUGCCGCUGCCGCACCCUGCGCCGGAGCCGGGAACCUGCGGCCGCCGCCAUGUCCCACCAGACCGGCAUCCAAGCAAGUGAAGAUGUUAAAGAGAUCUUUGCCAGAGCCAGAGACGGGAAGUACAGACUUCUGAAAAUAUCUAUUGAAAAUGAGCAGCUUGUGAUCGGAUCAUGUAGUCAGCCUUCUGAUUCCUGGGAACGGGAUUACGAUUCCUUUGUGUUGCCACUGCUGGAGGACAAGCAACCGUGCUAUGUAUUAUUCAGGUUAGACUCUCAGAAUGCCCAGGGAUAUGAAUGGAUAUUCAUUGCAUGGUCUCCAGAUCAUUCUCAUGUUCGUCAAAAAAUGUUGUAUGCAGCCACAAGAGCAACCCUGAAAAAAGAAUUUGGAGGUGGCCAUAUUAAAGAUGAAGUAUUUGGAACAGUAAAGGAAGACGUGUCGUUACAUGGAUAUAAAAAGUAUUUGCUGUCCCAGGCUUCCCCCGCUCCACUGACUGCAGCAGAGGAAGAGUUACGACAGAUUAAAAUUAAUGAGGUACAGACUGACGUGGGCGUGGACACAAAGCAUCAGACACUACAAGGCGUGGCGUUCCCUAUUUCUCGAGACGCUUUCCAGGCUUUGGAGAAAUUGAGCAACAAGCAGCUCAACUACGUGCAGUUGGAAAUAGAUAUAAAAAAUGAAACAAUAAUUUUGGCCAACACAACAAAUACAGAACUAAAAGAUUUGCCAAAGAGGAUUCCCAAGGAUUCGGCACGUUACCAUUUCUUUCUGUAUAAGCAUUCUCAUGAAGGGGACUACUUAGAGUCCAUAGUUUUUAUUUAUUCAAUGCCUGGAUACACGUGCAGCAUAAGAGAGCGGAUGCUGUAUUCUAGCUGCAAGAGCCCUCUGCUAGAAAUUGUAGAAAGACAAUUACAGAUGAAUGUGAUCAGAAAGAUCGAGAUAGACAAUGGGGAUGAGCUGACUGCAGAUUUCCUCUAUGACGAAGUACACCCCAAGCAGCAUGCGCAUAAGCAGAGUUUUGCGAAACCAAAAGGUCCUGCAGGAAAGAGAGGGAUUCGAAGACUGAUUAGAGGUCCAGCGGAAGCAGAAGCCACUACUGAUUAAAAUUAUUUGAUUAAAUGUUGCAAUAUAGUUUUGUAAAAUUCCAGCUUUUAGUACGAGGAGAACUGAAAUCAUUCCAUGUUGAUAUAGGUGGGAGGAAAAUUGUACUUUUUGAAAAAUAGCACUUUUCACUUCUAUGUAUUUUUUAAAUUAAUGCUAUAGAAGACUCAUGAUUUCUAUUUUUUAGUUAAAGCUAGACAAGAUUUCAACAUAGUGAUGUUUGGUUUUGUCACACUGUUUUCAUCGCGUGUUGAUUCCACACUUCCACAUAACCUUCAAUAUUUUAUAUAGGUGAGCCAGUUCCAGAGGCCCGAGGACUUGCUUUUUCGUACUCUGUAGUGAGGUCUGAGUUCCCCUGAUGCUCACUUCUUGAUGAGUGUGGUCGGGAGCCUGGGACAGGUGGAAGCUGCUUGCUCUUGAGAGCUGGGCUCAGACUGGGACUCUCUGCAGGGACCGUCUGCAGCAGUGCGUCACUUUGACCUUUUCUUUUUAUAGCAUUACAAUUUCAGAAAACCAGCUCAUUCUGAAGCUUUAAAGGUACCAGAUUUAAAGGUUUCUGAUGGUCCUGGAAGACUACACAGUCUUGUAAGGUCUUCGCAGAGCUUUCCAAAUGUCUGUUUCCAAAAUGACUCCUUCAUCGUAAGUACUGUGAAGCCAGAUCAGAGUUCAAGUAUCAUUCAAAAGGAAACAAAACUAAAGUGAAAACUGUUAGAAGUUUUAAAUCUUAAAGCAAAUUGUCUUAUCACUUGGGAGCAAGUAUUCAGAUCUAAAAUAAUCAAUUCCUAUUGCUUAGCAGGUUAACACAGAUAAUAUUUAGCUUAAGAAUCUUGUUUCAUUUAAUAACUUUUCUCAAAACAUGUGUUUCCUGAAGCUUUGUAUUUUCAGUUACAACCUAGAAAUUUUGAGCCUCAGAGUUCUUUGAUACUUGAAAUAGAGGGAGUUAGAACACUUCAUAUUUAAUCUGCUAAACCUGCUGCAGAGCCAUAACUUAGAGGAGUUUUGAAAUGGGCUAUGGUAUUCAGGAUUUGGAAGUCGUUGACCUGAACUUCAUGCUGCAUAAGAUAAAUGUCAAUAAUGCACAUUUCAUGGUAUGAACUAUGAAGCACCCAUUGCAAAGCCUUAUUACCGAAGGCAAUACAUGCGCCUUUCAAAAAUUCAGUUGUAUUCACAUAAACCAUGUGAGAGGAGUUAUGGGCUGAUGGAAUUUUUUAAGAAUAGAUUUGGGUAUUUGUGUGUUCUGUUUGUUUACAAAUACUUAGACUUUACUAUUUAAAUAUGCAGAACAGUUGGCAGUAAUGUUGCACUGGUUUACUAGAGGUAAACGUGUAGUUUUACGUGUACACACGUAGUCACACCCGCGCACAGAUUGCUGUGGUGAGAGUCCUAGAGACACGUUGCAGACCACCGCCAAAAGCUUCCAGUUUUAAGCAGAGGGAAUACUCUUUGUCAUGCAGAUCCCGAACCAGUGGUGACUGUUGGAAAGUAUCCCUGUGCAGUUAUGCUCUGAAUUCUAUGACACUACAUCAAAGUAAAUGCACAUUCCAGAACAUAGAUGUGAUCGUGUAACCUUACUAAUGAUUAAACCAACGAUUGCGAGAAUCAGUUACGCAUUUGUUUUAGGGUAUAACUCAUUGUUUACAGUAUGUUUUAGGUGACAAUAGAUGUGAAUAACAUUCCCAAUAAAUUUAUAUAGCAGUGAAAAAUCA